CUUCCAAAGGGUCACACUGUCUGAAGUAUCCCUUAAAGGGGAGCAUCUCCUCUUUUCGACUAAAUAUGUUAAUCCCCGCUGCAAAUCCGAGCCCACCGUCCUUCUCCAUUUUCCCAGACCCUCUUCAGUUACUACCUCUCUCCACUAGCAAGCAUGACGAUUAUCACAAGGAUACGCACCUCCAAGCCCAGACGAGCUAUUCUCGUCACCGGUGGGGCCGGCUUUAUUGGCUCCCAUCUUGUCGAGGCUCUUCUUGCUGAGGGCGGUUGGAGAGUCGUCGUCGUUGACAACUUUGAUGAGUUUUACGACCCAGAGAUCAAGCGCGCCAACCUUGCACCUCAUCUUCUGAACCCGAAUCUGCGGGUUUACGAAGCCGAUAUUGAGGAUCUCGAGGCACUUCAGACCAUUUUCGCUGACAAUUGCUUUUCCGCUAUUGUUCAUCUGGCAGCCCGCGCUGGUGUUCUUCCUUCAUUGAGCCAGCCCAACAAGUACUUCGACACAAAUGUCAAUGGCACUCUGAACCUGCUCCAGUGCGCCAGAGAGUUUGGCGUCAAGCAAUUCCUCUUUGGAUCGUCGUCGAGUGUAUACGGCCUUGGUGCCAAGGCUCCAUUCAACGAGAACUACAAGAGCACACAGCCCAUCUCUCCCUAUGCAGCAUCCAAGUCGGCGGGUGAACUGCUUUGCCAUACAUACGCUCAUCUUUAUGACAUUCGCUGCAUCUGCCUCCGUUUUUUCACCGUCUACGGUCCUCGCCAGCGCCCAGAUCUCGCCAUCCACAAGUUCACAAGGCUCAUCCACCAGGGCAAGCCUAUUCCUCUCUUCGGAGAUGGGUCUUCCCGCCGAGACUACACUUAUGUCGACGAUAUCAUUGAUGGUAUCUUCGCUGCCCUCAAAUAUGACGCGUCUGACUACGAGGUCUUCAACCUUGGAGAGUCGCAGACUAUUCAGUUGAAGGAUCUUAUCGGUGCUCUUGAGGACACAUUGGGUCGUAAGGCGCGCAUUGAUAGAAAGGGAGAGCAAGCCGGCGAUAUGCCCAUCACCUACGCCGAUAUUUCCAAGGCGGGUGCCAUGCUCGGUUACAAGCCGAAGACGCAGGUUCAACAGGGCAUUGUCAAGUUUGUCGCUUGGUAUCUCAGCCAAUGCGGUCCCUGAUCUCGGGCUCUUUUCUCGUGUAGCGCUAGUAAUAUUCCAUUUUAGUGGCUUGGGUUUCGGGGUUCGGUGUAUCUGUUGUUUAUGAACUGAUGGAUUGUACACGCUUUAGGUCUUCUUAGUCAGUUAGUUGUUAAAUUGUAAUGAUUCUGAACAUUAA